ACAGUUUUACAACUGUGGUUUGAUGGGCAUUUCUCUCCAGCACACGAAGUGGAGGUUUGUCUAUUGGAGAACCCGAAAUAGUCAGAUCAAUUCAGUCGGCCACUUGCUAAGUAAACGGGGGCUCAUCUCGGAUCUGACUGCAUUUGUUAAAUGGCUGAAGUGACUGUCGGCUGCUCCCCCAGGGAGAGGAGAGAAACGUGUUCCGCGCCUUGGCAGCGGUAACAGGUGUUCUGUUCCGCUAAAGAGAAGCAAAGUCCUGUUGCCUUUUCACUGUAGACUUUUUUUUUUUUUGGUUAAGUGUGAUUACAUAUCUUAAAGAAAAACUACUAAAAGCGGCUGAAAUUUUAUAUUUUCAAUGAUCUUUCUUGUUUCUUAGCGAAAGUCAGAUUCAGACAUCGCUAUGAGUAGGAAACAAAGAAACCCCGGUAGCUAGUGGUUCAGGCCGGCAGUUCAAAUUCAGCAGGCGCUCCUUGGAAACUCUACGGGGCAGUUCUACUCUGGUUUACAGGGUCGCUAUGAGUCGGAAUCUUACUAGGCGGCAACGGGUUUCGGUUUACGAGUAGAAAUCCACUCGAUGGCAACGGAUUUUUUUAUUCACAAGGGCCCUGGUAGCGCAGUGGUUAUGCUUUUGGCUACUAACCAAAUAGUCAACAGUUCGAAUCCACCAGUCGCUCCCUGGAAACCCUAUGGGGCAGCCCUACUCUAUCCUACAGGGUCGCUAUGAGUCGGAUUCCACUCGACCGCAACGGGUGUGGUUUGGUAUUCACUCACCUGUCGACAAGGCAAGAAGUAAUUUAUGCUGAAGAGCCAAAAGACAAGAAAGCAGAUUCCAUGUGUUUUACUCUACUUCUGGACCUCAGGGACGAGGAGGAAGGGGGGCUUGUCUUUUCAUUCAACAAGAAUGUCUAAGCUGUUUUUUUUUCUUUUUUACCAUUUUUCUUAAAGCUCAUUAGCAAAAAGCUGUUACUUUCCUGUUGUUCAGAAGUUACUUUAUACUUUAGCCCUUCUACAAUUAAAAACUUAAAAAGCAAAUCCUCAGACUCUCGCCUGCUGCAGAGUAUGUGUUCGUCAAAAUCACACAAAAACCACUCGUUCACCAAGAUGAGAUCCGUAACUCUACAAGAGAGCACAACUCCUCAAGAGGUGAGUGAGUGGAAACUACCUAUCCCGGCGUGCCCCGCUCGCGAGCACAAUGGAGUCCUGUCGUCAUCCGGGUCACGGGGCUGCGCGUUCCCAGUGCGCCGCAGGAUUCCGGCCUGGGUCCCGCCCCGGGCAGUGGACCCUCCUGGGACAGGAAAACUGCAAUUCCCAGCAUGCCCUUCCACGGAUGCGCCUGCGUACAAGAGCUACGGCGACGAGGACCGGGUUGUUUUAAAGCGCGGUCUUAAUUCCAUGGAAACCGGCUCCGCCACAGGCGGACAGAUGGACUGUGGGGUGAAUAUAGAACCUGCAGUGUCCAGACCGGUCCUCUCUCCAACCCACAUCAACGCUACGGCUUCUGAAACAUUCACUGUACUUCAACAAAGGUUGAGAAUAGUUGAGGAAGAGACCAGUUCUCUGAGGGAUGACCUAGUCAUGUUGGACAUUAGUGAUAAAAGAGGCCAACUGGAAGCUCCAAACUGUGUAGCAGACCCUUUGAACCAGAAAGCCAUUAGUUCUAUCCAGAAUGAAGUAGUUUGUUCAGGAAAAACAGAUAUGAUAUGGGAGAACUGUGAGUUCCUGGUAAACCGAAUGUGCCGCCUGGAAAGCCUCAUCCAGUCCUUGAAGAUGAACAUCUUCCGUCUGCAAACUGAAAAGGAUUUGAAUCCACAGAAAACAGCUUUUCUGAAGGAUCGGCUGAAUUCAAUACAGGAAGAGCAUUCCAAGGACCUGAAGCUGUUGCAUCUUGAAGUGAUGAAUUUGCGCCAGCAACUGAAAGUUGUAAAAGAGGAAGAAGACAGGGCGCAAGAUGAAGUGCAAAGGCUGACAGCCACUCUGGAGAGUGCCUCAGAGACAAAGAAGAAUGUGGCUAUUAUUGAGGAGGAACUGAAGACCACAAAACGUAAAAUGAACCUUAAAAUUCAGGAGCUAAGGAGACAACUCUCUCAGGAGAAGCACCUAAGGGAGUCUCUUGAGAAAUCUGGAUCAGCCAUGCUACUCAAAAUACAAGAAAUGGAAUCAACAGUGGAGGUGGAGCAGAAACAGGUGCAAAUUUUGCAGGAAAACUGCAUUGCCCUACGAAAUUCUAUACAGACUACGCAAGCACUACUGGUACAGGAGCAACAAAGAAAAGGAGAGUUGGAAGCUGCUGCCUCACAGCUAAAAUGUGAUCUAAUUUCUAGAGAUGACCUCAUUUCCAAGUUGGUUGAAGAAAACAAGAAGGUACAGAUGUAUUUCAACAAGGGACGUGAAGAAAAUAUGUAUUUGAGGUCUGAAAUAAUAGCUCUUCGUCAAUCAGCAGAAAAAGCAAAGGUUUUGAAUGACCAACUGACUAGCAAGUGUUCUGAGCUGAGCAGCAUGCUUCAGACCGUUAGUAUGGAAAACGCCAGAAUCAUUGCUGACCAUCAAGCCAUUCUGAAGGAAGGACAGAAAAUGAUGACGCAGACAUUUCAAGAACAAAAUUUACUGCUGGAUGCUGCCCAUGCCAGUAUCACCAGUGAACUACAGACUGUUCAGAAUGAGAGAACCCAACUGCAGGCACACCUGGACCAUUUAAUCUGUGAGCAUAACCAGUGUAUCCAGAAAGCAGAGGCUGCUGAGAAGAGGACAGCUGUGCACAAAGAGCUGCUGGAAUCAACUAUUGCCAGAUUGCGAGGUGAACUGGAAGCAUCAAUACAAGAGAAGAAGUCUCUGCUAGAGGAGAAAGAAAGACAUCAGAGAGAGGUUAAGAAAACAGAGAAGGAAAUAGCACAAGAAAAAGCCAAUUUGGAAAUGGAGUUAGCUAAAAGCAAGAUCGACAUAAAUGCAUUAACCCAUAACAUGCAGACUCUAGAGGAAGAGAAUAAGCACCUGUCAGAUGAAAUCGCUUCCCUAGAACAUCAGCGAGUCACUUCUGAUUACCAUGGGCUUGCCCAGCAGCAGGUAGAAAAGGCCUUGGGAAAAAUUGCUAAUAGUAAAAAUAAACUGGCCUAUGAAAAGGGAAAACUCCAGGCAAAAGUUAAACAGCUAGAAGAACAACUACAUUGCCUUACUGACACCAGGUUACACAAUGACCAGCUACGCAAGAUGAAUAAGGCACUAGAGAUCAAAUAUGCUCAGGUAAACUCAGAACUCAGUGCCAACAAAGUAUACCUGCAACAGACAGAAGAUCAUCUGAAAGAGGUGAAAUCCAUUCUUGAAAAGAAUGAAGAGGAGCUCUCUCUAGCAGUGAGGUGCCGUGAUACAGCCCUGAAAGAGAGUCAGAAAUUGAAAGGAGACCUUGAGGCUCUGGAGGAAAGAGAAAACAGGAAGGUGGGAAACUUUCAGCGACAAUUAGCAGAGGCCAAGGAAGACAACUGCAAAGUUACAAUCAUGUUGGAGAAUGUGCUGGCUUCUCACAGUAAGAUGCAAGGUGCUCUGGAAAAAGUACAAAUGGAGCUUGGGCGGAGGGACUCAGAGAUCGCAGGCCUCAAGAAAGAAAGGGCUCUAAAUCAACAGAGGGUGCAGAAGCUGGAAGCAGAAGUGGACCAGUGGCAGGCCAGAAUGCUGGUUGUGGACGCCCAGCACAGCAGUGAGAUGGAGCCUCUACAAAAAGCUCUAGAUAUAGCUAGAGAAGACAACAGAAAACUGGCUAUGAGCCUAGAACAAUCUCUCCAGACAAAUAAUCAUCUGCAAGCAAAGCUUGAUCACAUUCAAGAGAAAUUGGAAAGCAAAGAGCUUGAGCAACAGAAUUUGGAAACUUUCAAGGAACGGAUGGCUGAGGAGUCCAAAAUGGAAGCUGAAUUACAUGCUGAACGCAUAGAAGCUCUAAGAAAGCAGUUUCAAACUGAGAGAGAAACUGCAAAGAAAGCAGCACAGCGGGAAACGACUGAGCUGAAGAAAGCCCUUGACGAAGCCAACUACAGAUCAGUUGAAGUAUCCCGGACCAACCGAGAGCUGCGACAAAAAAUAACAGAGCUGGAGAAAACACUGAACAGUAACAAGGAGAAAAUAAAGAACCAAAAGGCCCAAAUUAAGCACCACUUGUCAGCCAAGGCAAAUAAUGCUCAGAAUAUAGAGAGGAUGAAGCAAAUAGAACAAGAAUUGAGGCAAAUGGAGCUAAUUAAGGAUCAAUAUCAGAAAAAGAACUGUGAACAGGCGUUGAGUAUCCAGAAAUUUGUAUCUGAGAUGACCAACCUACAGAAAGAGAUGCAGCUGCUGGCCAAGAGCCAAUAUGAUGCCUCAGCACGCAGUAAACAGCAAGAGGUCCGGCUGGAGACAGAACGGAAGAUAAGGCGGGAGCUAGAGAAUCGGUGCCAGGAAUUAGAAGAAACAGUCAGACAUCUGAAGAAAUGUAAAGAGGCAACAGAGAAUAAAUUGAAAGAAGCCAGUGUAGAGUCAGAACAGAUAACAGCUAACCUAGAAGAAGCUCAUCGCUGGUUUAAGUGCAGGUUUGAUGGUCUACAGCUUGAGCUGACAAAAAACCGGUUGCAGAGGCUUCCCCGAGAAGACAGGUGGCAGGAAGAGGACCGAGAUAGAAGGCAUGAUGUCAUGCCCAACCAGUCUGCUCUACAUCGAUGGGAGACUAAACAGAAUCUUAGGUUCAUGUCCAAGAAGUGCCAUUCUGAGGUAGAGAGGAAGUGAUGUCCUUGACAGAGGAGCAUCUCCAUUUAUGUCUACACCUCCAUGAUUCCAUGAGCCCAACAAUGAGGGCUGGCCUGUGGCUACCGUUAUCAAAAUGUGAAGCCUUUGAUGUGGGCUGAAGAUUGUGGACCUGAGUUUAUCCUUUUAUGAACUCAUUUAUAUCAGUACAGAACCACUCCACCUUUUUUGUCUCUUUCACCCUUUUCCACUCAAUAAAUUUAUAUUAAUUUGUUGUAUGAUAGGACAUACUGUUGCAUGAUACUUGG